AUGGCGGAUGAGCACUCGAAACAACAGCUCCUUAACCGGCGAACCAUAUUGAUGGGAUCUCUGGAGAGAGCGGAGCAGUUCGUCCAGAAUUACGUGGCGGAACGGGAUCGAGGCCAAGUUCAAUUACGUAUCGAACAUCUGGACACCGUGUGGAUCGGACUGGAGAAUGUGCAAUCCCAGCUCGAAGACCUAGAAGUCACCGACGAAGGUAUGACGCAUAACCUGCAAUUCCGUUCCCAAUACGAAACUCUACUCUUCCAAAUAAAAGCCAACUUGCAAUCCUAUAUUCCCGCUUUACCUUCUUCAACAAAUGUGAUCCCUCAACCUGCAUGCUCUGGGCUCUCUGGGAUUAAACUGCCAACAAUAACCCUACCUGAGUUCGACGGUGACUACAAUCAGUGGUUAGCCUUUCACGCCACUUUCAUUGCUCUGAUUCACUCUAACCCGGAAGUUCAUGACAUCCAAAAAUUCCACUACCUUCGCGCUGCGGUUAAGGGAGAGGCAGCACAGCUGAUCGAAUCUAUCGGCAUUAGUUCCGCCAACUAUACCAUCGCUUGGCAAACCUUAGUCUCGCGCUACGCAAACGAAUAUUUGCUUAAAAAGCGUCAUCUGCAAGCCCUUCUGGAUUGCCCACGGAUGAAAAAAGAAACCGCCGCUGCAUUGCAUUCCGUCGUUGACGAAUUUGAACGUCACACCAAAACCCUCCGACAGCUUGGAGAACCGAUCGAUGCUUGGAGCACAAUGCUAGAACACCUACUUUGUUUGCGCCUUGACGACGGUACGUUGAAAGCCUGGGAAGAUUUCGCUACCACUGCAGAAAACCCCGACUACAAUUGUCUAAUUGAAUUCCUGCAACGUCGCAUCCGUGUCUUGGAAUCGAUGUCUGUGAACCAACAAUCCCAACCAGCACUGAGCCAACAACCACCCUUGUUUCGCAAACCAUCGUUCUACAAAACCGUCUCCCAUACUGCAGCUGAAUCGCCCCAACGAAAAUGUUACUCCUGCGAUCAACAUCAUCCGGUUUUUCAAUGCCCCAGAUUCGAUAAAAUGUCUAUCUCUGAUCGCUUAAAUCUCGUGAACAACCAAUACCUUUGCCACAAUUGUUUCCGCCGUGAUCACAUUGCCAGAAAUUGCCAAUCAAAAUUCUCCUGUCGUCAUUGCAAAAAACGACAUCAUUCGUUACUACACCCUGGCUAUCACCCAACCGAUGCUGAUCAGCAACCAUCCACAUCCCGCACUGCCGCAUAUACAGUGAAAUCCAACGAGAGGCGGGACACUGCAGCGACCAGCCAUCGAUCAUCCACGAAUGCGUCCACCGUUCAGAUAAGCAACCCAUCCCAAUCAUCAAAUGCAAGCAUUCUGCUGUCCACAGUCGUUUUGAUGAUUAUCGACGCCAACGGAAAAGCGCACCCCGCACGAGCAUUGUUGGACAAUGGUUCACAAUCGAACAUCAUCAGCGAAAGACUUUGUCAACUCCUCCGACUGGAGCGCAACAAGAUAAAUAUUCCUGUGUUCGGUGUAGGUGAGGCGAUUUCAAAUAUCAAACACUCAGUUUGGACUACCAUUCGAUCGAGAAAGUGCAAUUUUGAAAUCGGUCUCGACUUUCUCGUCAUGCCCCGCAUCACGAUUGAUUUACCCGUUGUAUCCACUUUUACUGAUAACUGGUGUGCAUCAUCUAAUCUGUUCUUGGCAGACCCAACCUUCAACAAGACCGGUGCAAUUGAUAUUCUACUCGGAGCAGAACAUUUUUUCACUUUCGUGAACUCUGGAACACGUAUCGAGCAAGCGCCAAAUUUGAUCUUCAUCGAUAGUGUUUUCGGUUGGAUCGUCACUGGUAGAAACCAUUCCCCGCUGAAAUCACACCCCGUAGCAUGUCACUUAACGCUUUCCGACCCGCUCCAUAAGGCCCUCGAACGUUUCUGGCACAUUGAGGAAAUUGAGAGUCGGCUCAACUAUUCUGUGGAGGAGCAACAGUGCGAGUCUCAUUAUGUUUCCCACCAUUCACGCACACCGGAGGGAAGGUACAUUGUUCGCCUACCACGUCAUUCCAAUUUCGAUCAAAUGCUGGGUGAAUCGAAAUCAACAGCACUUCGUCGCUUCCUCUGUCUUGAAAAACGCCUUUGCAGAGAACCAAUGUUGAAGGACCAUUACCACUCAUUCAUGUCUGAAUAUUUGUCGCUUGGACAUAUGAGGCUGGUUUCCGCUAGCGAACACGAACCGCACCAGACUACCAGUACAACCACGAAAGCUCGAGUGGUGUUUGAUGGAUCAGCCAAAACAUCGACUGGCCAUUCCUUAAACGACGCGCUACAAGUUGGUCCAAUCGUGCAAGACGAAUUAUUAACGCUAAUACUUCGUUUUCGCAAAUACCCAAUAGCACUCGUUGCAGAUAUUGCAAAAAUGUAUCGCCAAGUGAUGCUCCACCCAAAAGAUACACCGCUGCAACGUAUUCUAUGGCGCUUCAAUCCCAAUGAACCCGUUUCCACUUUUGAGUUACAAACUGUAACGUACGGCUUGGCCCCAUCAUCCUACCUUGCCACCCGCACUCUUCAGCAACUUGCCACGGACGAAGUAGAUUGCUAUCCGCUCGGGGGUCCAGCGCUACGGAAGGGGUUUUAUGUAGACGACUAUAUAGGGGGAGCAGACACGACAGAAGAGGCAAUCCAAACCCGCAACGAACUCGAUGAGCUGUUAUCAAAGGGAGGCUUUGAGUUGAGAAAGUGGACGUCAAAUAGCUUAACCGUGCUGGAAGGACUCGACCCAUCAAAAAUUGGUACCCAACCGAUGUUUAAAUUUGAUCACGGAGAAUCAAUCAAAGCAUUAGGCGUCAGCUGGGAACCGGUAGCAGACCAGUUACAUUUCGAUUCCACUUCGACCGAGGAAGGCGGAUGUCCGACCAAGCGAUCCAUAUUAUCAUCGGUAUCGAAGCAUUUCGAUCCACUUGGCCUAACAGCACCAGUUAUCAUUCGCGCAAAAAUGCUACUCCAGGAACUAUGGCUGCAACCUUGUGGAUGGGACGAAGAAAUUUCUGACAGCAUACGAGCAAAAUGGGAAACCUAUUGUUCUGAACUCAAACACAUUUCCUCUUAUCGAGUCAAUCGCUAUGCAUUCUUGCCUAAUUCUACUGUACAGCUGCAUACAUUCGCGGAUGCAUCCCAGCAAGCAUACGGUGCUUGCAUAUAUGGCCGAUCCACUGAUUCCGAAGGUCAUGUCCACGUUCAGCUGAUUGCCUCGAAGACAAAAGUCACACCGCUCAAACGUAUCACUAUUCCCCGCCUGGAACUGUCAGCUGCUGUACUUGCCGCCCGGCUGCAUAAAAGGGUUACCGUCGCAAUGGAUAUGCCCUUCUCCGAAUCCCAUUUUUGGUCCGAUUCAACAGUCACACUUGAAUGGUUGCGCUCACCUCCGUACACCUGGACAACAUUUGUUGCAAACAGAGUGUCCGAAAUACAAACAACCACCCAGGGAUCCCAUUGGCAUCAUGUUGCUGGUAAACAGAAUCCAGCGGACCUCGUCACGAGAGGAAUGACAGUGAAUAACUUUCUCGGCAGUGAUCUUUGGCACCAUGGACCAACGUGGCUAAAACUCCCCGAAGCAGAGUGGCCAGUGAUAUCCCUACAGCAGAAUGCACCUGAAGACAUUCUAGAAAGACGAAAGAUGGUGGCGGCGGUUCAAAACAGGCCUAGCACGAAUGCAUUUUUUGGCAUAUCGUCUUCGUACAGCCGUUUGAUUCGAUUGACAGCAUAUUGCCUGCGUUUCAUCAGAGCAUGUCGUCAUCAACUACCAAUCGAGUGCACAGGGAAAACGAAAAUUAUCACCGUGGACGAAAUGUCAACAGCUCGUUUAAAAUUAAUUAAGCUCGCCCAAGCAGACGUUUUUGUAGAGGAAAUGAAAGACCUGAAAAAGGGAAAUGUCGUAUCGAAACAUUCGCAUUUGCGCCUUUUGAAUCCAUUCAUUGACUCAGACGGAAUUCUCAGAGUAGGAGGCAGACUGAGACUCUCAGACCAGCCCUAUUUAACCAAACAUCCCAUUCUCCUUCCUAGUUCCCAUCCAUUUUCAAGGUUAGUUGCCCGUUAUUACCAUCUUAAACUAUUGCACGGAGGCGGCCGCGCCACUCUCGCGGCCAUUCGGCAAGAAUAUUGGCCUAUUCAAGCACGCCGGAUGGUAAACAGCAUCAUGAGGAACUGCUUUCGAUGCGUUCGUGCCUCUCCCGUUCCCGCCAGGCAACACACUGGCCAGCUACCAAUUCAAAGAAUCACUCCAAGUCGUCCGUUUUCGGUCACCGGAGUUGACUACGCUGGCCCAGUGUACAUGAAGCCAAUUCACAAACGAGCAGCACCGACCAAGGUCUAUAUCAGCGUUUUCGUAUGCUUCGUAACUAAAGCCGUGCACAUCGAGCUUGUGAGCGACUUAUCCACCCCCGCAUUUCUUAAUGCACUACGAAGGUUCAUCGCUCGACGUGGCUGCCCCGCACACAUUCAUUCCGACAACGGAAAAAAUUUUGAAGGAGCGCGAAACGAGCUUCGCGAAUUAUAUAAGCUGCUGCAGAAGGAAAAAUCAUCCGGAGAAAUUGCCACUUACUGUGCGAACGAGGGAAUCAAGUGGCAUAUGAUUCCCCCGAAGGCCCCACAUUUCGGUGGAUUGUGGGAGGCAGCCGUGAAAAUCGCGAAGAAACACUUGCACAGACAUCUUGGUAACGCGAUGCUUUCGUUUGAAAAUAUGGCCACAGUUUUGGCAGAAAUAGAAGCAGCGAUGAACUCCCGGCCGUUGACACCGCUUUCAGAGGACCCAAACGACCUGGCCGCACUCACACCGGCCCACUUUCUCAUUGGCACUACGCUGUCAGCUCUUCCAGACGCCGAUGUCAGCCAGAUUCCGAUCAGUCGACUGGAUCAUUAUCAACGUCUCCAACAUCGAGUACAACAGUUCUGGCAUCAAUGGAAAUACGAUUAUUUGCAAGAGCUCCAAAAGGAAAACAGGUACAUCCCUCCGAACACUGCAAUCCAGCCAGGCAGAUUGGUCGUCAUCGUCGAUGAAUUUCUUGCACCUUUAAAGUGGCCGCUAGCGAGAAUUGUUGGCACCAGUCCCGGACCAGAUGGACUUAUCCGUAUCGUCGAUCUCCGAACCAGCAAGGGAAUCAUUCGUCGUCCGAUCACUAAAAUUUGCUUGCUACCUAUUGAAGAGAAAUUAAAUGAGGAAACCAAUAAUGUUUCGGAUACGAAUUAA